AGAAUUAACCGCUUCGAAUUUCUUGGUAGUUUGAAUACGCUACUCAGAGCUUAAUCCUUCGAGAUGCUUAUAUUUCCUGUAUUGUAAACAAUUAUUACACAAUCUAGCUACACUUACCUCAUGGGUCACCUACAUACGUAGAUUUCGAAAUGUUAUCGCUUGUAAAUAACUUAAUUUUCAUUCUUAAGAGAUAGCGUCAUGUGAUACGCUAAACAAAAGGAAUUGAUGCAAGUUAUCAGGUCGAUAAUUCGAUAAGUUUGCUAUAAAAGACUAAUACUCUAUUUUAAAAGUGCCAGUUCUUUUGAAAAAGUGAUCAUAAAAGAGUGCGUUAUUUUCGUAUUUAAGAUUGCGUAAAGAAUGAGAAUAAAAUUUGUUGGAAUGAAAUAUUUACUAUUACUGAUCAUUGCCCUUUUGGCAGUGACGGGGAACGCUUUUGCCGCAAUACACGAAAUUCCAACAAAAUGCCCAGAAUCUUCAGGCAAAACCGUACAGCUCGCUCACGAACACGAUUGUACCAAGUUUUACGUGUGUUCCAAUGGGCAGAAACAACUCUGGAAUUGCGCAGAAUUUUCCCCAAGACAGAAGCUACAUUUCGACCCUGAACUUCAAAAUUGUACUUUCCCCUGGGAGGCAAAUUGCGCGUCGAGAGCACCGGAUUGUUCAAGGGAGGAAUUUAUACAACCUCAUCCCUCCAACUGCAGAUCAUAUUACAAAUGCGAGAACGGGAAAAAAGUCCUAAAAAUGUGUGACGAGGGACAGCUGUUUAAUUUCGACUCUUUAGAAUGCGUAGACAAAAAUGCCACCAAGUGUAAAGUUUAUGAUUCAUGUCCAACGGGUAAAUUGUUGGAGGCUGUACUUCUCCCACACGAAUGUAAUCACAAAUACAAAUCUCUGUAUUACGAAUGUGUCGAUGGGCAAUACGUUGAAAGAGAAUGCGCGUCGGGUCAAGUGUUCAAUAAUAGACGCAGACAAUGCGUGUCUGACGUCUAUUGUCCUGAAAACGGUACUAAAUAUAUUCCUGACAAGACGGAUUGCACUUUGUAUUACGAAUGUGUGAAUGGUGUUAAAACACAGAAAACGUGCGAAGAUGGAUUAUCUUUCAACGAAAUGAAAGGUAUGUGUACUUGGCCACCGGGUAGCGAAUGUUCUUUGAACUUGUUCAAACAAACCGAGUCGGCUACAUCUUUUUUACUUGACGCAACCAAGGAAAAUAUCAUGCUGAAAUGUCCAGCGAAUGGAAAUGCGUUCGUGCCUCACGAACGCUCUUGCACCAAAUAUUACGCUUGCGUGGACGGACGUCAGUUUAUUGAAAAUUGUCCGGACGGUAUGAUAUACGACUAUAUUAGAAAAGUUUGCGAUGCUCCGUAUGCUGCCGUAUGUAAGAAUGUAAUGACUCAUUACGAGAUUCAAUUGCGAGGUAUAGAUUCAAAUUGUCAUUAUUCGAAUGAUUGUCCAGCAUACGGUAGUAAACGCUUUAAACAUGAAAAAGAUUGCAGGUUGUAUUACGAUUGUAAAAAUGGUUACAAAUGUCUUCGGUCGUGUUUUAAAGAAUACGUCUUCAAUCCAUUAAUCGAAUCGUGUGAUAUACCAAAGAAUAACCCUGAUUGCUUAACUUCAGGCGGCUCUGAUCCAUCAGAAAACGAGUGUGAUUGUGGUUGUAAGAAUUGGAUUCGCCGUUUCCCUAAUCCCAAAAAUUGCUCUCUAUAUUACGAGUGUGAAAAUGGUAAGAAAGUGUCGAAGGAAUGCGCUCCGAAUCUUCAAUACAAUCGUGAUAGUCAGAGUUGUACCUAUCCAAAAGAUGCAAAAUGCAGCAUCCCCGGUUGCGAAGAAGGAAAGUUUUAUCAUCAUGACUAUGAAUGCAAUAAAUAUUACGUAUGUCGCCACGGUGAGAAAAAACCGCAGUACUGUUCAUCUGGGCAAAAAUUUGAUUGGGUAGAUUUGGAAUGCAAGCCAUCAGACAGGGUUCGCUGUUAUCCCGAAGGGAUUGUGGAUGGCUGCGAAGGCAAAUGUUCCUCAACAGAUACCACGUUGCCCCACGAAAAUUGCCGCAAGUAUUGUAAAUGCGAAAAUGGAAACUCCAUGGUUGAAAUUUGUCCUAACAAACAAUUUUACGAUCGGGAAACACACAAAUGCGAGUGGCCAGAAAAUCUGCAUAACGUGUCAUGCGAACCUUUCCCGUGCUGGCUUAAUUCUAUGGGAACCAAUAUUCCACAUAAAUGCCACUGUGACAAAUACUACAGAUGCAGAGACGGAAUGAAAUAUCUCGUAUUCUGCAAGGACGGAAAAUACUUUGACUAUGAACAAGAAAGAUGCGUUGACAGUGCAGAAGCUCACUGCUACGCGAAUAGACCAUGAGAUGUUGGGGAAUGCGACGAAAUCUAUUUGACUGACGCAACAACAACUUCGUUCACGAAGAUUGCACAAAAUACUGUAGGUGAGAGGGUACGAACGUGAUUCUCGGGCAAAGACCUCCCAAAGAUCUCUAUUACGAUAAAAUAUUUAGAGAAUGUACUUGACCUGAAUAUGUAAAUUUACUGUCGGACUGCAUAUCGUUUGAUUGUACCAGUGAUGCUGAUAGUAUAAUGCCUCAUGAAUAUGUAAUGUACGGUUUACUAUAAAUGUGAAAAAGGAUCAAAAUAUCGUGAGUAACGCAACGAUGGAUUUUGCUUUGAUCAUGUACUCGGAAAGUGUGCGAAUCCUCGUUGUUAUCAUAAAUAUUCGAACGAUCAACAUGAAGGACAUCGCCCGAAAUAGAAUUCUUACAAUACUGCGUAUUGUUUAGUGGUUGGAAACAUUAAUUUGAUUUAUCAAAUCAAUGCUAUCUAUCUCCUUAUCAUUAUUGACAUUAUUCAUUGUUAUUAUCAAUACUUUAUUUUGUAAACUUAUUUUGAUUUCUAAAAUAAUCGAUUUCCAAAGACAUUAGCAUACAACAGUACACAACUAAUAUAAACCGAAAAUAUCACGUGAAAUAUGAAAGAUCUGAUCGUAGAAAAUAAAAUGGAAAUAAAAGUUGUGUUAUAUCGCACUGUAUUCUGUGAAUUUCAUAGUUUUCAUAAUGACGAAACGUUUCCAGCUGUCGAUAGCUUAAAAUUGAAUAUCGAAAUCUACCUUAUCGGUGGAAUAUAUUUUCUUCACUCAUAAGUAAAAUUUAUUCACAAAAGAUAAUCCUUUGGUAUUUCACUGGCGUAUAAAUGUACAAGUAAUAUCGCGAUAUCAAAUUUCUUCACGAAUCGUAAGUUUGAAACACGAUCUAAUAAUUUCGAUUUUGUCGAUAUAUCAACGGCGAUGUUGACAUUUUAUGUCAAAUUAUUUGUAAAAUAUUAAAAGAGACAUAUCUUCGCAUCAUUCCGUUAACGUAAUACAGAGAUUGUAUUGCAAAUAUAAACUGCUCAAGUUAGUGAUAUCGAAAUUUAUAUACACGGCUAUUGGUUUGAUCGAAAGGAACGAAUUUGAAAUUAUCGAUCGAAAUAGAACAAUUUUUAUAGUAAUCUUAUUGACCGAUCGAUUGAAUCGAAUUGAAUUGAAGAAGUUAAUUUUAAAAUAUCGAAGUUCCGUCGAAUUUCGUUAAUGGUGCCUGAAAUAAGGAACAAAUAUUCCUAGAUCUUUGCAAUAGCAGGCGGUACCUGUUUGGCUUUAAAUCUCUCGUUCUUCCUCUAUUAUUUAAACAAUAUUUUCUUCCAACGAAAGUUAUGUACAUUUUAUCGAAACGCUCGUUGGUAUUUAGUUUCUUAAUGAAAAUUAAAAAUUAACUAAUGUAUGUCAAAGGUAUAAAGAACAAUGUCACAAGAAUAACGUUUUAUCGCGACGUAUGUAUACUUUAGUGUAGACAGAAUUUCCACGAAAAACGACAUCAAAAUUAUUUUGAAUUCUUAUCUAUAGGAAUAGUUUCGCUUGGGGAUUCUCGUUAUCUACAGGAAUUUAUCAUAAAUCUUAUCGAUUGAUUGGAGUAAACCGAUUUCAAAACUGAUUUUAAAACUAUUUAACUGAAAAAUUCGUUAUACUAUUGUAGCUUAAAAUAAACGCUCUUAUUGUUCUAAAAAUAUAUUUCUCAAUAUAUCCACCAUAUGGUUACUCACAGAAAAAGCUGUUAACGUCAGAAUGUGCACCCCCUGAAACCAUUCAACUUCCAUCGAAUUCGCUGCGAAUGUAAUAACGACAAAAAUUAAGAUGAUAAUUUCAGGCGAGACACCAUAUAUAUACAAUAUCAACGAUCAUUUGCCAGUUAUUUAUAAUAUUCAAAUAUGUUUUUUUUUUUUUAACCAUGUCAUGGGAUUUUGCUUAGAGAUUCGUAGUCGUAUAUUAUCGAGUGGCUAGAUUGCUAUCGCUUAUGUAUAUAUUUUGGUCAAAUUCACAUCACAACGGUUUAACAUGUGAAAACAAUUGUAAUUAGUUCAGAUAUAUACGAUUCCACGAUCGAGUACUGCGUCGUAAUCUCGUAAAGGAUUUUACCGAUUUCGUGCGAUAUUUUUGUUUCUCUACUCUAUAUGAAUAAAUACAAUGAAAAGGAAAAAUAAACGCAAAUGUUAUUUAACUCAGUAAAAUCGUGAUUUUAUUUGUUUAUCUAACUAACAUCUUCGUUAUAAUCAGUUACUAGCACGCUCAGACGUUAUUUUAUUUCAUAAUUAUUUCCAUGCCUGUAACCACCUCUGAUAUUACAUUAUUUGAAAUAUUAUUUCAAAUAACAUGUUAUUUUAUUUUAUAACUAUUUGAAAUAAUUGUGAAAUUGUUCUUUGAAAUAAUAUCAGGCGACCUAUUCAUCAGGUAUACCUUCUACGCUCAGUUCUCAUUAAUGCGAUCAUGUCAGCAAAGCAUUAUCACGAAGAUGUUAUUAGCCCUAUUGAGAAAUCAUAGGUAAAUGAAGGUUACGAGUUUGAAAGAGGCGAAGAUGAUACAGCUAACAAUUCCACGUGUGUUAUACAAAGAUAAGAGGAAAUCACUGAACUGACCUUUUAAUUGGCAAGAUACCGUUUGGUAAGAGACCCUUUUCUGAAAAAUAACAAGCCUCUUUCAUCUGCCGCACCAGUGGAGCGGUUAUUUUCUCUUGCAACAAUAUUAGAUGGGCCCAGGCAAAGAUCUGUCAUGGAUGAACUUUUUGAAGAGAGAAGUUUGCUUACGGCAAAUUGCUGCAAAGAUUUCU